AUGCAUAAAAUUUCAAGAAAACAGUUAACCGUUGGAGCUCGUAGAAAAGAUAGACCGAGAAAAAGGAGACAGUCCUUUAAUCCUAAAGAUCCGGAAACUGAUGAUAGUUCCUUCACGAGCACCUCAGCAAAAAAAUUAAAAGGUGAUGAUAAAGAGCACGUGCCAGAAGAGGAUACACUCCAAUAUUCAAUCAUAGAUUUUGCCUUGGUUUUCUCAACUCUCUCAUCGUUUGUGCGGUGUUCUAACAUUAUUGACGAUGAAGAUAAAGAUCAAUUGUGUAAUGUCUACAUACGAUUUUAUAUUGAUAAAAUACAUGAGUGUAUUGAGACAGUUACUCAGACUCUAUUCUCAUCUGCUGCUGAAGAAGAAAAACAAUUUACAAAUAUUGAAAACGAUUUACAAGAUACGACAGAUGUGAGUGUUUCCGGUGACGGUACCAACGGUAACAACGAGAGCUUCAACCAGUUGAUCUGGAAAAUUACUCCAAAAAUACUUCCUGCUGGUUCAAAGAUUGUUAAUAUUGCGGCAUUGGUCGCUGCUUGUAUCUUCAAUGAAGGAACAUCAGCUUUAUUAUUGAUUAUGCACGGUAUGGAUUUAAAAUUAGGCCGAAACUCCCACGAAUAUGCCCGAAUUUCGGAUGAAAACCGUGUAUGCGCAGCCGAAAAAAAAUCUGCGAGCGAGACUCGCGAAGCCAGAAUCCGUCAUCGACAGGAGCAAAAGGAUGCCCUGGACAUUGCAACUGCUGCAGGAUCUUUACUUUAUGGCCCAGGAAUCGACGAUUCACUAUGAUUUUGUCAGGAGUUAUGCUGACAACGCAGACGCACCUUUUUUCCGAGGGGUCACCGGAAAUGACGUCACAAUGGAGGAGUUUUAAUUUUUUUUUUUUUGAAAAUUUUAGAAAUUAUUCUUUAAAUAUGUAUCUAUAAGACAGAAA